GCGGGCGCCCAGGGAAUGGCCACAUUCGUGGCCGACUGGGAGGUGGGCGCACUUGGCGUGGCGGGCGACCAGGUAGCGGCCAUAUCCGUGGCCGACGAGGAGGCAGGCGCGUCGUCAUCGUGGCAGGCGUGGCUUGGCGUGGUGAGUCAGGCGGCGAAGCUCGGCGUGGCGCGUCAGGCGGCGAAGCUCGGCGUGGCGCGUCAGGCGGCGAAGCUCGGCGUGGGUCUUGGUAUAGGUCUUGGUCUUGGCGUGGGUCUUGGUCUUGGCAUGGCGGGUCUUGGUCUUGGCAUGGCGGGUCUUGGUCUUGGCAUGGCGGGUCUUGGUCUUGGUCUAGGUCUUGGCAUGGCGGGUCUUGGUCUUGGUCUAGGUCUUGGCAUGGUGGGUCUUGGUCUUGGUCUUGGCAUGGCGGGUCUUGGUCUUGGUCUUGGCAUGGCGGGUCUUGGCGUCGUGAAGCUGCGACUGGCGGCACUUGGCGUCGAGGGGCUGUUUUCGCUCUACAUAAGCUGA